UCUGAUUAUUUCUUCAUGCAGCUUCUGAAAGACUUUUUGUUAUGGGUUGAUAAGGAUCUUGGGGUCUGGGGUCCACUUGUUCUGUAAGUGAUCUUUAGUUUUCUGUCNNNUUUGGCUGUUGCUGCAUCCAUAGUUACUCUUGGUGGUGGUUAUCUUUUCGGAUUAACUGUGGGCUUUGUGGCUGACUCUAUUGGUGCUACUGUUGGUGCUGGGGCUGCUUUUCUCCUUGGCCGUACGAUAGGGAAAUCUUAUGUUGCUUCCAAGUUGAAGGAUUAUCCAAAGUUCCGGUCAGUUGCAAUUGCAAUAAAAAGAUCUGGUUUUAAGAUUGUGUUGCUGCUUCGACUUGUUCCAUUGCUCCCAUUCAACAUGUUGAAUUACCUUCUGUCUGUCACUCCUGUUCCAGUUGGCUCAUACAUGCUGGCUUCAUGGCUGGGAAUGAUGCCAAUAACGCUUGCACUAGUGUAUGUUGGAACAACUCUCAAGGAUCUUUCUGAUGUUACACAUGGAUGGAAUGAGUUUUCAACCUCUCGUUGGGUUUUUCUCAUUUUGAGCCUUGUGGUGUCUGUAAUCUUGAUGGUUUGUGUUACAAAAGUUGCCAAGACGGCUUUGGAUAAAGCUUUGGCAGAAAACGAGGAUGAAGAUGAUAUCUUUGAGUCUCCACAGUUGCCUAUUCUGGCUGAAACAGCAGUAGAUCUCAAUCAGCGACUCAUAAUCAAGAUAGAUGUUGCAGAUGAUAAUCAUGAAAAAUAAAUCCCAUGUCAUGUCAUGUACAUUCUUUCUCUUGUUCCUUUAAAAGAAUAUACACCACUUUAUUGCUUAAGCAUCUGAUGUCUCAGAUAUGAGUUGUAUAGUUCAAUUAUUUAUGAAUUUAGGUUUGGGCAGAAUCGGCUAAGUAUACAAUUGGGAUAUGUUGAAUUGUAGCCUUGGUCCUUUUAACUGGACAAAUAGUGAUUUUAAAGAGGGAGUGAUUUUUUUCCUGGGUGCAUUCUGGGAUCUGUC